CUUAGACAUCGACAUUUUUAAGUAAGGAUUCGUUUCACCUAUUCAAUUAGCACUCUGAUCUUUUUCAAUAGCUCGUAUAUACAACAUUAUAUGAUUAAGUUUCAGCAUACAAAUUAAAUACUUGUUUAUUCUUUUGUCAUCUAUAUACUUUUAAUACUUUGUUGUUCCGAUUUCUACUGAAUUUUUUGUUCCUAUUUAGUCAAUACUAAGUCUACUUGCUUUUAACAUGAAACAAGAGCUUAUAAAGGAUGCUGUGGAGUUUCUAAGACAAGAUUCAAUCAUGAAUGCACCAGACUCUGAAAAGGCUAAAUUUUUGGGUUCAAAAGGUCUUAACCAGGAUGAAAUUCAGAAUGCAUUCGCGUUAGCGCAAAGUCCGCUGUACAACACAAUGGAGAAUUACUCAAAUAGUGAAAACACACUUACGAGAGACUGGAGAGACUGGUUUAUUAUGGGCGUCAUCUCUGGUGGAUUUGCAUGGUCUGCUUACACACUAGUAAAGAAAUAUGUUGUUCCUAUGUUAGAACCUCCAUCUCGUAGUGCAUAUGAAGAAGACAAGGAUGCAUUGGAUCGUAGGUUUGAAGAAGCUGAACGGACACUGGAUUCUUUGUCAGAAACAACAAAGAAGCUUGAAGAAAGAAGUGAAAAGAAUCAGGAUGAUCUCGAUGCCGCUUUAGACGACUUGGAGGAAACGCUCAGCACUUUGCGCCGCAACUCUGAUCAGCGAGAUCGAGAUAUUGCCAGGAUUUCUCAAGAUGUUUAUACUAUGAGUGCUAAAACCCUUCCAGAAUCUUUAGAAAGGAUCCAAAAAUCACAAGAAGAAGCAUUGAAGAAGCUUGCUGAAGAAGUGAAGCAACUGCAAUCUCUUCAACAAAACCAUCAAUCUUCAACGGGCGAACUCAGUGGCACUCCCGCUUUUAUAGACAAAGGUGGGCAACAACCAAACCUCGAAAAGACAAGUAACGAAGAAGAAGCUACUUCUCCUUUACCUGACUGGCAGUUAUCCAUGCAUGCUCAAGCUACUGAUGAUGUGGAUUUUUCGUGAAAUUGACAGUACAGCGAGUUUAGAACAAAACGCUUUUACGACCAACAGAAGGAAACAGAUUUAUUAGUCGUGCUAUCUAUAUCUGAACCCACUGGAAACUACGUACUAUGAUGUACAAGUUAUUCCUAAAUCUAUGAAGUGAUUUUUUUUGGUAUACAUGUAUAAUAUAUAAAUAUAUCUUCUAUUCAAAGAAAGCGGAGGAAGUAAAAGAUAAGUUUGCUUGCUUCAUAAACAGUAGAACCGGAGGCUUUUACAUAACAAUUUCUCCAACCAAACCGACCUUAAUCUCUUUAUGAGGGAGAACAAGGCAAUUUUGAACACGCACCUCAUCGUGGACAUGGCAAUCGGCACCCAUUACAGUUAUAGCCUGUACUUUAACAUGAUUACGCAUGAUAGUGGUAGAGUGCUGACUGGGCAAGGUAGGGGAUCCUUCUACACGAGACCAUUUACCGAUCUUGCAAUUACGAGAAAGAAUAGAGUGCAAGAUAACAGCUUGAGAGGAAACCUCACAGUCUUCUUGGAUAAUGGAAUUGCGAAUGCGUGCACCAUCAUCUACACGUACGCGAGCGCCAAUGAAAACAUUGGGACCGAUUUUAGCUCCACGGCUGACGGUGGCAGAAGGAUGGAUGAAAACAGGUUGAAUGAUUUCAGCUUCCGUAUCAGGGCGAGGAAGAGUGCCAUCGUGAUAAGCCUUUUGAAGGUAAAGAGAGUUAGCAGGGACAGCAGAACCGGCAGUUUUGAUUUGGCGCCAAAAUUCAGGUGCGUUAUAAGCAAAAAUAGCUUUAGAGGAGUCAGAGCAUAAAGGAGCCAAGACAUCAUCCUCCAAACUCAAAUAAUCUUCCAUUCCAUCAUCUAAAGAACGGAGUUGCUUCUCGACUUCCUCAAUACGGCGCUCAUAAGCUUUCUUGAUUUCGUCGAAAAUGGAGGCAUCAAAAACGUAGAUACCACAAGAAAUAAUGUUGGAUAAAUAAGAACUAGGCUUAUCAACGUAGUGCAAAACACGGUUCGUGUUGGGAUCCUCUACGAGGCAACCAAAGUUAGAGGCAUCUUCCUUGUUCACCUUAGUGGCCAUAAGGGUGACCAAAGCAUCCUUUGCUUGAUGUGAUUGCAACAGUUCAUUCAAGGGGAAGCUGCAGCAGACAUCUGCAUGCAUAACAAACACAUUAUCUGUAUGUCCUUUCAGGAUUUGGUCACGGAAAUGAUACAAUCCACCGCCAGUGCCUAAGCAAUUGUACUCGCGGAGAUAUUUGAUACGAUGAAACAUGGGGA